AUGGACGAGGCCCACAUAGCCUAUGUUGAGGAUGCCUGGCUCACGGCCGUCGAGCGAUGCAAGGCCGUCGGAUUCGACUUCAUCGAAAUCCAUAGCGCGCACGGGUACCUGAUGCACCAAUUCGUCUCGCCGCUCUGCAAUGAGCGCACAGAUGCGUACGGCGGACAGCCGCUCGAGAACCGUCUCCGCUGGCCGCUCCGCCUCAUCUCGCGCGUCCGCGCUGCGUGGGACAAGCCGCUCUUCGUGCGCGUCAGCGCAUCGGACUGGGCGGAGGGCCCCGAGCGCGGCGCGGACGGCGAGUGGAAGCAGUGGGGCAUCGAGCAGACGACACUGUACGUUGAGGAAAUGAAAAAGAUCGGCGUCGACCUCGUCGACGUGAGCUCGGGCGGGCUCUGGGCAAAGCAGCAGAUCAAUGCGGUACCGGGGUACCAGGUACCGUUCGCCGAGGCAUUGAAGAAGGCGCACCCGGACAUGCCAAUAGGAACGGUGGGCCUCAUCACAGACCCCCACCAGGCCGAAUCCUACCUACAGGAUGGCAAGACAGACGUUGUUUUCCUAGCAAGAGAGCUUAUUCGCACGCCCCAGUGGCCCUUGGUCGCCGCUCAGCGGUUGGGCGUGGCUAUCAAGCCCGCCAACCAGUACGAGCGAGGCUGGGUUGACGUGGUUACGCCGACGCCAGCCAAGAAUUAG